GCAGCCGAGCAUGGCGUGACAUACACAUUCUUCAAGGCUGUUGUGUCUGUCGCGUGGGAGCUGCCGCAGCAGACGCCUGAGCAGGAGGUUGUUGCAGCUGGAGCUGGCACUGGCACUUCUCAGUCUGAGUCUGUCGGCAAGCCGCCUGCUGAGAAGGCGCCUGAGGCUCCGAACGCCCUGCUGACGAGCAGCCAUGAGCCGGUGCGGAUGUGUCAGUGGCAGUACUAUGUGCUGAGCGACAGCCAGUUGAUGGACAAAGUGCGGAUUUGUUUGCUUCGCAACUGCCUGAAGAAGCUGAAUCCCGAGGAAGUCCCCACAAUUGUGCUGUCUGAUGCCGCCGACUUGGCCUUGCUGUCAUGGUGCCUGACCUCGGGCACAGAGUCGCGUGUGCAGAUCACCCGACUGGGGUCGACUCAUUUCCUGCCGUACCUCCAGAGGUGCGGCGUGUCGCACUCCCCUUUGAUGGACUUCAGCUGGACAAGUCUGCCGCCUGACUCUGUCAUGGCGGAAAUGGAAAGGAGCACGAUGACGGCGAGAGUCAUGGUGGAGACAACUCCGGAGAAGACCGUUGAUCAAGUCAUGGCCGACAUAGACUUGCAGCACGAGAGGCAAAGAUUGUUUGAGUGGGACUACGUUUUGGAAGCCGAAGAAAGGCUCCAGAUUGCCCAGGCUGGCAAAGAGAAGGCUCAGAAGACCAUUGAGGAGCUCAAGAAGCGCAAGCACUCCGAGAUUGAAAGUCCAAUGCCUGACAAGAGUUAG